AUGACCGAAGACGAGGAGGACUGGGAGGACUACGUCAAGGGAGGCUACCACCCAGUCCAAAUCGGCGACACUUUCUCCGACGCACGAUACACAGUCGUCAGAAAACUAGGCUGGGGCCACUUUUCAACAGUAUGGCUGGCAAAGGACGCAAAGAUGAAUCGCCAUGUCGCCCUCAAGAUCGUCAAGUCUGCCCCUAGGUACACAGAAACUGCCCUUGACGAGAUCAAGCUUCUGCAGCGCCUAAUUACCUCAUCCACGCCCCCCGUCGCACCCACUCCCGACAACCCAAAUCCAACACCCUCCCCAUCCCAGACACACUCUGGUCGCUCCCAUGUCAUCUCCUUCCUAGACCACUUCAGACACAAGGGCCCCAACGGCGUCCAUGUAUGCAUGGUCUUCGAGGUCCUCGGCGAAAAUUUGCUCGGUCUCAUCAAGCGUCAUCAGAACAAGGGCGUACCCAUGCCUCUCGUCAAGCAGAUCGCGAAGCAGGUCCUCCUUGGCCUCGAUUACAUGCACCGCUGCUGCGGAGUCAUCCACACCGACCUCAAGCCCGAAAACGUGCUCAUCUGCAUCGACGACGUCGAGUCCAUCAUCCAAGCAGAGCUCACUGCAGCAGCCAACGCAACCUCUCCACCGACCCGACUCGUUGGCGUGCCCCCGUCAAAAGGUCGCGGAGGGAACCAGACACCACGCUCGGAAUCAGUAUUCAUCACGGGUUCGCAGCCUCUCCCGUCUCCGUCGUCCUCAUUCGGAACCAGCCCCAUGCUCGACAAGCUCGCCUUUGGGAUGAGCAAGAUCGAUAGCUCCGACACUGGAUCCAAGCCUGCCUCAUUCGGGUCCACGGGUAUCAGCAAGGAGGGGUCGAGGAUAUCGAUCACUGAGGCAGUGACUGCAGAGCGGAUAUCGAAUGUCUCGCUGGAUCCUGGAUUCAAGAAGACGACGCCUCACCCCGCUCAGCCAUCCGGACCGUCAUUGCUCUCGCAGAUGGCUCCACCGGCUGGCGCUACAUCCGCUCCUCCCGCUAUACCAGCUUCAUCAUCGGCGACGCCGCCGCCUCAGUCGACGACGUCAUCCAGCAUCUUUGAGGGUUACGAGAAGAUCACCGUCAAGAUCGCAGAUCUUGGAAAUGCAACAUGGGUCGAGCACCAUUUCACGGACGACAUCCAGACCCGGCAGUACCGCUGUCCGGAGGUAAUUCUUGGCGCGAAGUGGGGGAGCAGUGCGGAUGUCUGGAGUGUUGCAUGUGUCAUCUUCGAGCUGAUUACUGGCGGCGACUACCUCUUCGACCCCGCAGCGGGCGCGCGGUACAGCAAGGACGACGACCAUAUCGCGCAGAUAAUCGAGCUGAUGGGCGAGUUUCCCAAGGCGAUCGCGUUUGCGGGGAAGUAUAGUUCGGAGUUUUUCAAUCGGAAAGGUGAACUCCGGCACAUUAACAAGCUUCGUUUCUGGCCGCUCGAGUCGGUCUUACAUGACAAGUAUCUCUUCCCCAAGGAGGAGGCCGACGCCAUCGCCUCCUUCCUCAACCCCAUGCUCCGGUUAUACCCCGACCGCCGCGCUAAGGCAUCGGAGCUCGUACACCACUCGUGGCUCGAGGGCACGGUCGUGCAGGGCGAGAUCGACGUCAUCCGGCGCGCGGAGGAGGACGAGGCAGAGCGCGGCAAGGCUGUACAGCAGACCGCGGAGGGGGCGGACGCGACUAAUGCGGUGCUGGACGCGACGGAGCGGGACGCGAUGAAGCCAGUCGACGACCCGGGCUUGUCGAUGGACGAGAGCGAGACGCAGGGCGUGCAGGAUGCUGCGGGGAACAAGCCGCCGAUACUGGGUGCGCCGCCUGUGCCGAGCUCGGCGGGGGCGAAGGAGAAUGCGACGCCGAAGAAGCCGCCGCCGCCGAAGCCGUCGUGA